AUGAAAGAGCCCCGGAUUUUCCUUAGAGAGCGGCCAACUCCUUGGACUCGUGCUCCGCUGCCACCCCGAGGACGGCUCGACAGUUCCCUAGGACCACAGGGGGUUCCUGUUCUGAACACAGGUCACCCACUGUCCGUGAACUCGGAUCCCUUCCUUAUGGCAGCCGGUUCUCUUGGUGGAAAUCUGGCCCCAUUUCCAAGGAACCCGUCUCCUUUUCCAGCUCCAUCAGGCUCCUUGGCUUCAAAUCCAGCGCCCUUCCCUGCUGGUGCUCGUGACCCAAGUAUGGCUGCUUUUCCACGAGGGAUGACUCCCACUGGCACAGGCACAGUUUCUUUCCCAAGGCCAGGUGGCCUCUUGGGCCCAAAUCCGGGCCCGGGCCCAGGCCCAGCUCUAAACUCUAGAGCUGGGGCUCUUCCAGGCCCAGGGCCUCUGUCUAACCCAAGGUUAGGAGGUCUCCCAGGCACAGGGCCUAUGUCCAACCCAAGGACAGGUGGUCUCCUGGGAGCAGGUCCUGACCCCAGAAGUGGUGGCCCCAUGGGCCCUGGAACUGGACCCAACUUGAGAGGUGUCCUUUUGACCUCUGGGAAUGGUCCUCCCAAUCCUAGGCCAGUUGGCCUUGGCCCAGGACCAAGUCCCAAUUUAAGAUCAGGCUUCUUAGGUACAAAUCCUGCCCCUAGGUCAGGAAUGUUUCAAGGCCCAGGCCUUGGGCCCAACCCAAGAGCUAGUAGCCUGGGCCCAGGCCUUGGGCCCAACCCAAGGGUGGGUAGCCUAGGUCCAGGCUCUAAUCUGGACACCAGGGCAGGUGGUGCCCUCUUGGGCACAGGAUCUGGUCUUAACUUAAGAAUGGCUGGACCUCAAGGCAUAGAUCUUGCUCCCAUUCUAAGAGCAGCAGGUCUUUUAGGAGCAAAUUCAGCUUCUUUCUCACAGGCUUCUGGAAACAUGGGUACAAGCCCAUCCUCCAUGGCAAGAGUACCUGGCCCCAUAGGCCCAGGCUCAGGGCCUGGCUCUCGGGGAAUUGGCUUUCCAGGGCCAAAUCCAUCUCCCAUGUCACGGGCUCCUGGCCCCAUGGGCCUUAAUUCAGCUCAUUUCUCAAGGCCACCUGGCCCGAUGGGGAUAAAUGCUAGUCCCUUCCCAAGGGGGACAGGUUCAGGGGCAUUGAAUCCAACUGCCUUCUCUCAGUCUUCUGGCUCAUUGACUUCAAACCCUGCUACCUUUCAGAGGUCUGCUGGCCUCCAGGGCACAAGUCCAGCAAUUUUUCCAAGAGCCUCUGGGCCAUUAGGCCCCAACCCAGCUAACUUCCCAAGGGCCACUGGCCUGCAGGGUCCAAGUCCAGCUGCCUUUCCAAGGCCUACUGGCCCAUUAGGCCCUGGUCAGGUUGCUUUCCCCAGGUCAGCUGCUGGGCCCCUGGGCUCUUCUCCAGCAGGCCCUAUAGGUAUCAGCCCAGCUCCUUUUGCAAGGCCAACUGGGACCCUGGGUCUAAACCCAGCUUCCUUUCCAAGGAUGAAUGGCCCUGCAGGCAAGACUUUGGUCCCAUUUCCUAGAGUGGGGAGCCUCCCUGGCACAAACCCAGCUGCUUUCCCCAGACCAGGCGGUCCAGUGGCUACGAUGUACCCAAAUGGGAUGUUGCCCCCUUAA